ACGAUUUGUAUAGUUCUGCACUUCUUCUACGUUAGCGCUCCUCCCAAGCAUAUUUCACUGUCCUGCGUCUUAAAGUUCUAAUAUUCUGUGCGUUUGGCUGUGCGUUUUGUCUUGCCUGUGUACUACCUGUUCGCUUUGCCAAACUAUUAACGUGAUACAGUUCGGUUUCACUAACGUGUGGUAUAAUUGCGAUCAUUUUGCAGAUCGAAGUGUUGCUUUCGUUGCCCUCUGUUUGCCGUAUAAGCAAGCCAUAGUGUAAUUGUUUUCUUCGCCAGCCAACAGUCCUUAAACGAACUUUUCGUCCAUAAAGAUCAGCUCUACAGGCGAUCGCACUUCAGAUAUCACUAGAAACCUCAGCUUUUAACAUGUCUCCUAUCUCAGAAUUCCGUAAAAAGAAGUUGUUGUAUGUGUUCAACGUGUUCUUCGACGUCAACCAGAGUGGUGAAAUCGAUCGCAAGGACUUUGAAUUGGCCAUCAAGAAAAUCUGUGAACUUCGAGGAUGGCCUGCCGGCAAUCCGAAAAAUGUUGAAACGCACGACAGUAUGUUUAAGGUCUGGGAAGGACUACGCUCCAAGGCUGACAAGGACAACGAUGGACAAGUCUCCGUAGACGAGUGGUGCAAUAUGUGGGAUGCGUACGCAAAAGACCCAAGUACGGUUAUGGAUUGGCAGCUGAGAUACAUGAACUUCAUGUUCGACCUGGAGGAUGCCUCGCAUGACGGUACCAUCGAUGGUGACGAAUUUUCUAUCGUUUGCUCGAGCUACGGUGUAGACAAGAAUGAGUGCCAAGAGGCAUUUAAAAAGAUGUCCAAAGGAGCUGUUGAGGUCAAUCGUGAUGAAUUCGCCGAAUUGUGGCGCGAAUACUUCUCUUCGGACGACCCAGCUUCACCGGGAAAUUUCAUCUUCGGCAAAACUUCAUUUUAACGCAGCUGUCAUAUGUAAUAAAGAUGACGAUUACUGGUUAUGGUGAUUAUGGUGAAACAACAUCGUCAGUUUUAGUUACAGGCACUAGAAAUAGCUCUCCUUCUAACGCUGUAUUUUACUUGUUAUUCUCUGUUAGUGUUUUUUUGUUGUUGUUGGGCAAGAACAACAUACAAUAACAAAAUAAAAAAACGAUCGUAACAAAAAAAAA